GCCGCCGCCGCCGCCGCCGCUGUCAAUCAGGCGCGAGUCCGCGGGGCCCGGGCGGAGAGAGGAGCUGCUACGCCACAGCCCCGCGGCGGGCCUGCGCCCAGAGCCGGGCCGGGCGGGCCGGAGCCGCCGGAGCCUCAGGAGCCGCCGCCUCCUCCUCCUUGUCGUCGCCCUCCUCCUCCUCCUCCUCCUCCUCCUCCGCCGCCACCUCCUCCGCCUCCUCCUCCUCCUCCUCCUCCCGCGGGCGGGCGCCCGGCCCGGCCCGCCCGGCCCUCCCCUCCCCGCCCCGGCCCGGCCCCGGCCCCCGCCCGCCGCCCGCCCUCGGGCCGCGCCGGCCGUGAAUGCGGGAUGAGCGAUCAGAAGAAGGAGGAGGAGGACGAGGUCCCCCCUGCAGCAGCAGUGGCCGGGGCAGCCGCUGGGGCUGCCAUGGCCCCCGAAGGAGGGAAGACCUCUGAGCAGGAGAACAACAAUAAAAAAGCCAAAACCUCAGGUUCCCAGGACUCUCAGCCUUCUCCUCUGGCUCUCCUGGCAGCCACUUGCAGCAAAAUAGGGACUCCUGGUGAAAAUCAAGCUUCCGGGCAGCAGCAGAUUAUCAUUGACCCAAGCCAGGGGCUGGUGCAGCUUCAGAAUCAGCCCCAGCAACUGGAGCUGGUGACCACGCAGCUCGCUGGAAAUGCUUGGCAACUGGUCACCGCUACACCUCCCUCCUCGAAGGAGAAUAACGUGUCCCAGGCAGCCUCGAGUUCGGCCAGCUCCACCAGCAGCGCCAAUGAGAACUCCCCGACCAAGGCCAAGCCCAGCCAGCCUUCCUCCUCCUCCUCCUCCUCUUCAGGCCAGUUCCAGGUCAUACAGGUCCAGAACCCCAGCGGCAACGUCCAGUACCAAGUGAUCCCCCAACUGCAGGCUGUGGAAGGCCAGCAGAUCCAGAUCAACCCGGGCAAUGCCACAUCCCUGCAGGAUUUGCAGGGCCAAAUCCAGCUCAUUCCUGCAGGGAAUAAUCAAGCGAUCCUUACGGCUGCUAACAGGACAGCUUCUGGGAAUAUUCUUGCUCAAAACCUGGCAAAUCAGACGGUGCCGGUCCAAAUUCGGCCUGGGGUCUCCAUCCCGUUGCAGCUUCAGACAAUUCCAGGUGCUCAGGCUCAGGUUGUGACCACUUUGCCUAUCAAUAUUGGAGGAGUGACUCUAGCCUUGCCUGUGAUCAACAACGUGGCUGCUGGGGGUGGAUCUGGCCAAAUGGGUCAGUCGGCUGCUGAUGGCGGGGCACCCAAUGGGAAUCAGUUAGUGUCUACCCCGACUCCCACCCCCCCUACCACCACUGCUUCUGCCAGUAGUACCAUGCCCGAGUCGCCCUCCUCCUCCUCCACCACCUGCCCGGCGUCCACUGCUUCAACAACUCUGACCAGUAGUGACCCCUUAGUGAGCUCAGUGGACUCGGGCCAGUAUGCCAGUGCUUCAGAACGGGCCUUGGAAGAGCCUCAGCCCCCUGUUCCUGAAUCGGAAGCCCAGAACUCUGGUCAGCUGCAGCCUAAUGGCCUUCAGAACACGGCUGCUGCACCACAGCAGGAACAGGCCAGCUCCCUCCAACAGGUGCAGAUUGUAGGGCAGCCCAUCUUGCAGCAGAUCCAGAUCCAGCAGCCUCAGCAGCAGAUUAUUCAGGCCAUCCCACCUCAGUCAUUUCAGCUGCAGUCAGGACAGACCCUACAGACCAUCCAGCAGCAGCCUCUGCAGAAUGUCCAGCUUCAGGCUGUAAGUCCAACUCAGGUGCUUAUCCGAGCACCAACCUUAACCCCAUCAGGGCAGAUCAGUUGGCAGACUGUGCAGGUUCAGAACAUUCAGAGCCUUCCCAACUUGCAAGUUCAGAAUGCUGGCUUACCCCAACAACUCACCAUCACCCCAGUGUCUUCAAGUGGUGGCACAGCUCUUGCCCAGAUUGCCCCAGUGGCUGUGGCUGGGGCCCCAAUAACAUUGAACACUGCCCAGCUGGCAUCCGUGCCUAACCUUCAGACGGUGAGCGUGGCCAACCUGGGGGCUGCGGGUGUCCAAGUGCAGGGAGUUCCAGUGACAAUCACUAGUGUGGCCGCAGGUCAGCAGCAAGGCCAGGACGGAGUGAAAGUGCAGCAGGCUACCAUUGCCCCAGUGACGGUGGCCGUUGGCGGCCUCGCCAAUGCCACGUUAGGGGCCGUCAGCCCUGACCAGAUCACUCAGCUGCAGCAGGCCCAGCAGACGUCCGAGCAAGAGGUGCAGCCUGGCAAGAGGCUGCGGAGAGUGGCCUGCUCCUGCCCCAACUGUCGAGAGGGGGAAGGACGAGGCACUAACGAGCCAGGCAAGAAGAAGCAGCACAUCUGUCACAUUGAAGGAUGCGGGAAGGUGUACGGCAAAACCUCCCACCUGCGGGCCCACCUGCGCUGGCACACGGGAGAGAGGCCCUUUGUGUGCAACUGGAUCUUCUGUGGCAAGAGGUUCACGAGGAGUGACGAGCUGCAGCGGCACCGGCGGACCCACACAGGUGAAAAGAGAUUCGAGUGCCCAGAAUGCUCUAAGAGGUUUAUGCGGAGCGACCAUCUCUCCAAACACGUCAAAACUCAUCAGAAUAAGAAGGGCGGAGGAACAGCCCUCGCCAUUGUGACCUCCGGGGAACUGGACGCCUCCGUGACCGAGGUGCUCGGCUCCCCGAGGAUUGUGACCGUGGCGUCCAUUUCACAGGAUUCCAACCCGGCCACUCCUAACGUUUCCACCAACAUGGAGGAGUUCUGAGGGAGGACUGACCCAGAGACGUCAGGGGCUGCACUUCAGUUUACACACCUUUCAAGAUAUGGAAUUGGGCCGGUAGAGUGGAUUACAGAGUAGGAAAUCAUGUUUUCAUGCUUGACUUCUUUAAAAAAAUCCCAAGUUUUAGGGUCUACAUGGGAAGUGUGCGCAGGUGCAUCGAGACAAUUUUCAAAAAUACAAAAUUCAAAUUGAUAUUCUGGGAAACAUCUUGGAAAAACCAUUUCCACCAUCCUGUACUUUUUAGUUAUUUGGAGCGGUUAUCACGUAAAUUUUUUAAAAGAAAUUUCCCCUCUUUUAACAUUGUAUGUUUAUAAAGACAGACCUCAAUAGUUUGUAGGCAGGACCUUAACUGGGCUUGGGCUUUUUUGUUUUGUUUUUUGGACAUACCUUGUUAUUGAUUCAAUCAGUGAUGUUUCACACAACUUUCCUUAACCCUUUUGGCACUGAAAAGAUAGGGAUAUUGCUGUGUUCCCUUAGUUUGACUCCUUAGAAACAAACCGAAAAUCUUUUUGGCCAUUUUCUCAGCUAAGCGAUUCCUCAAAAACUGAAUUAGGUGAGUGCUGUCAAAGUAAUCUGAGGAAUGCCUCAGAUAAUUAUGACCACUACAUUCUCGUAGUGUGGACGCAGACAAUCAGGGAGCUCCAGUUACUUUCUCCAUUUGGAGACACGAGAGGAAUUUAAAACUGAAUCUCAGAUGAAACUAGAAAAAUACUCAAAAGAUUUUACGGAACUCAUAAUGCCUUUGAGAAAAUAAAAUGUGGCAAUUUAGACAUAAAGGUUUGAAGAGAGAAUUCAUGGGUUUUUAACCCAGAUUUUGAUCACAAAAUUGAUUUUAAUGUUUCUACUGAAAGUUGUUUGGAUACAGUUGUUACCUGAGUGGUGUAAUUCAUUCUGUAGUUUCAUAUUCUGUAAAUAUAAGUUAUGUUGAUGUUGUGCAGAAUUCUUUAUACUUUUACUCGGUAGCCAAAGAAAAGGAUGAAUUAUCACUUUUUUUAAAGGCCAGCAGAAAAUGUAUUAGCUACAUUGUACUUUCUUUUACCUCUUCUGAAAAUUGGCCGGCUAGAUUUAAUUUCAAAUAGUGGGUUUAUAAUUUCACGAGGAAUUUAAUACUCAUACUUCAUAUUAUGUUCAUAACUAAACCUUCAUAAGGCAACCUGAGAAAUGAUAAAAUAAUUUUUUAUUUUAAGUCAACUACAACUAUAAUGAAAAAGUUCAUCACAUCUUUUGUGAAAGUCUGCUACUAUUAAUCAGGAAGGAUGGCCAAAAAGUUUCACAUGAAGAAUUUUAGAUUCUAGCAACAGUAGCUUAGCCAUUGGUUCUGGACUUUUUUUUUUUUAAGAUUUGCACAGAAAAUAAUUAUUGGAAUUGAUCAUUUUAUAUAGGGGCAACUUUUUUCCCUGAAUAGUUUAUUUAAAAUUGGAAAUUCGGGGAUUGUUUAAUAUAGGUAACUGUUGUCUUGUGCAUUUUUCUCUUUCAACAAAAAAAAUGUACUUCUCAUGUGAGUUCUCUUCCAAACUUGGUCAUACUUCAUGUAUUUUUUGAAGAAGGAAAAAUACUGUCCCGAUCAUUGUUUACACUGUGUCCACUUUAGGCCAGCCCUUUGUAGCGUUCUAUAUAAAGCUGAAGGUCUUUUGUACUUUCAGUUUGCAUAAAAAGCUUUGAGAUUAAAGGAAAAACAAUUUUACACUGUGGUUAUAAAUUUCAAGUUUCUUAAAGCUUUUGUAGACUUGGAACAAAGUCUUUAAAUUUUCGUUGGAUUUUUGUACAUUGUUUUGUAUAUUUUAUUUAAUGUACUCUUUACCAAUCGCUGUAUCUGGGUGCGGAGCCUCCGGAGCGAGGAGAGGGGGGACGCUCAGCCUAGUGCUCAUUGUUGAUUUUGUCAUAUAGGAACCCAAACAUCACGUCCAUCCGUCUGAUGCUACACAAUCAGUGCUAUCAAUUUCUUUAUGCAAAGAAACCUUCUGAAUGCUUGAAUCAUGUUUCCUUGGAGUAAGUAACAUGUUUGUGUUCAUGGCAGUCUGGGCGGUCAGCGGCGGCGGCGGCAUUCCCUCGCCCCCUCAGCCCUGGCCACGUGUGGGUAUGGAUCGAAAUGGAAGUUAUUUUUUUUAUCAGCGAUGAAGCCUAUUAUAAAUUUAUCCAAGAGUCUGGAUGGCUUUCGAGCAGGUGCACAUUCACCCCUGGAACUGAACGUGGUGGCCGCUCUGUCCGCAGACCAUCCCAGUCCACUUGGCCGUCUUGAAAGGAUCGUAAAUGUCGUUGUCCUUCGUUUGACUGAGCGUGAGAGAGGACGAGAGCACGAGGGCACAGCGGAGCCGGAGGACCUGCUAAUGCAUUUCACUGUUCAUUCCCUUUGCCGCCAUUACGAAACUUUGUUUUUAUUGUAAUUAUCCGCGCAGAGCUAUGUAUUUAUCAUGGUAGAACUCCAGUGUUAGAAUAGUUUUUCUUACGCUAUGUUUCUUUGCUUAGGUUUGUGUCUAUGUGUUGCCGAUUACAUUAGAACUUGAUGUUAAGUCAUUAUUUAUCACACUCAUGAGAGCAGUAAUCAAAGUGUGUAAUCUAGGAGAAAAAGUUAAUUUGUCAAACUUAGGGUAAGCAUGAUGUUUAGGUCCUAUUUUUCAAUUUUAUAACUGUUUUAUUGCAACUAUUUGUAUUUAAGUCUUCAUUUUAAUGCCUUGUGGGUUUUUUUAUGCAUGUCACUAAAUUGUCAUCCCACAGAAAUUAAUGUGCAGCAUAGGGUAUUAAAUCUACAUAAUGAUUUUGAAACAGAAAUAGUUGAUGGUAAAAUGUAAAUGUUUUGCAAAAAUUCCUUAUAAAAAGUUUUGUAGUAACAUUUCACUCGUAAAUUUUUUUCUAGAAAAACAAAAGAAAAAGAUUUUUUAAAAAGGAAACCAAGCAGGAAAAAAAGGACUGUUUCCCCCAGAUUAGGAUCUAGAACAAUCUGCUAGCUAAACCCAGGGGCUUUCGUUGACAUUUUUACGGAGCUCAUUUGUAUAAAAUUUGGUUUUUGUGGAUUUGGAAAUAAAAUCAUGUACAAGUUGUUGCUUGCAAAAAUAAUUUGCAAGUGACCUAUUAAAAAAUCCCUUGAGUUGACAAUGUUUCUUCAUUUAAUUAUGUGUGACAUGAAGCAGUCAUCUGUUUUUGGAAGGAUCUCCGUCCUCCUUCUUGGCAAAGGCCCAUGGCCAGUGCUUCUCCUUGAGAGAUGGGCCGGCGCUCUGCGCCCCCAGUGACCGCCUCGCUCACCGCUGAUAGAGCUCACCCCGCAGGCCCGAGUCACUGGAGACAAUGUCAGAAUGAGACAAAUGUGCGUUUCUUAAACUUAGGAAACGACUUCCGAAAGCAAACUGGUCAGAAGUUAGGGAGGAAUCAGGAGUACCGCCAGUCACCGGCUCAGUCCGUGUAAAGAUUGCGCUGGACUUCGGGGCUGGGCCCAUAGCGUGCUUCUGGCACGUGGGGGCCAGGGGGAGGCGGGCCGGUUCGGGGCCCAGCGUCUCUUCUGCUGGUGACGCCCCAUCCUCUGCUACUAAAAGUGGCCAAAGCUGGUUCAAAACCCUGAGGUGGCUGGGAGGAAAGCCGCCGCCUCCCCCACAGCCCCUCCUGGCUUACCACGUGCUGUUUCCAGCCCGCUUUCUCCUCCUUCUAGAGAAUUCCAUCAAAAGCGUUUCUCCUUUCCCGGGCUCCCGGGGCUCGUGCCUCGCGCCCCUAAAGGGAUGGCGAGUUCCUCCGAAAAUAGGUCUUGGGCCUCUUUCAAGCCGGCCUUCCACCUUCCAGAAAGCGGGGCCGGUUUGAGGGCUCCCUCUUUGCCCCCCAAUUCUAUAUCCUAGAAGUCGUCUCGGCUAAUUUCUGUCAUAAACUGGAAGUCUGGCCAACACCCCGAGUACCCGCCCGCCGGAGAGUAAUCAUCGGUGUCCCUAGGAACCGCCUCGAGGCAGAUGAGAUGUUCCAAAUGAAAGAAAAUAAACUGAUCGCACUUGAACAAUAA